AUGUGCAUCAGAACCCAGCCUUUGUUUCUCCUUCAAAGUCUGCUUUUCUUUUUCUUAUCUUUCAACACCGUUUUCUGCACUGGGAUAGAUACCAUCUUCCCAGGUCAGACAAUCUCUGGGAACCAAACUAUAACUUCACGAGGUGGAAGAUUCGAGUUGGGGUACUUCAAACCAGGUAACUCAGAGUACUUCUACAUAGGAAUAUGGUACAAAACAAUUAAAAACCAUACCAUGGUUUGGGUGGCUAACAGAGAUAAGCCCCUCCCUGAUCCAUUUUCGUCUAAACUCGAACUAUCUGUAAAAGGUGAACUCAUCCUCCUGAAGCAAUCAAAAACAAAGAUUUGGUCAACUAGAUCAUCAUCAAACAUUCUAAAUGCUACUAUUGCUGUUCUUGAAGACAAUGGAAAUCUUGUUUUGAGGAAACGUUCCAAUUCCUCGGUUAUAGUAUGGCAGAGUUUUGAUCAUCCAACAGAUAACUGGCUUCCAGGAGCUAAGCUUGGUUUGAAUAAGCUCAACCAUCAAAGACAAAUCUACCGUUCAUGGAAAGAUGUUAACGAUCCUGCACCGGGGACAUUCUCACUUGAGCUAGAUCCAAAUGGAGUGAAGCAGUACUUUAUUACAUGGAACAGUUAUCGACAUGGGACUUGUGGAUUUUGGCCAGGAGGGGUUUCUGUCUUUGGUUCGAAUAUGCUAGUAGACAACUACAUCAAGAUGGUCUAUAAGUCAAAUGAGAAAGAAAACUACUUUGCAUACUCACCAAAGCAUCAGUGUGAGAUAUAUGCCUUUUGUGGGGAAUAUGGUUGGUGCAAUCAGUAUAGUGUGCCAACAUGCAGGUGCUUACAAGGGUUUGAGCCAAAAUGCCCUGAAGAGUGGAGUACAGGAAACUACUCACAUGGCUGUGUAAGACAAUCUUCUUUGCAAUGUGGCAGAGGUGGUAAAGAUGGUUUUUUGACGAUUCCAAACAUAACACUACCAGCAAAUCCGGUAUCUUUGGCAGUUAGGAGCUCUGAUAAAUGCAAAUUGGCUUGCUUGAGGAACUGUUCAUGUACCGGAUAUAUUUAUGAUACUGAGUGUUUGAUAUGGCAAGAAGAUUUGCUCCGGCUGGCAAUGCCAGAGCUGAUAACCUACAAAAGCAAGACAAAGGGAAGGAUAAAUGAUGCAAUCAUAAGUGCUGCUGUAGCGUUUGUUGCUAUACUGGGUAUUAUCUUGGGGCUUGUCAUCACGUGGAGAUGCAAGAAGAUGAAACUUUUGGGGCUACAGAAGGCUAAAGAGAAUUCAUUAAAGCUCUUCAAUUACAGAAGAAGGAACUCGGAUACUAAGGAAGAUGACAUAGAUGAUUACUUUCCCGCUCAAGUCAUGAAAAGGUUGAUCAAAGGGGAUGAGAUUAUAACCUUAUUAGAUUACCAGUUGGGUGGGAAUGCAGACAUGGAAGAGGUUACAAGAGCUUGCAGAGUAGCUGGUUGGUGCAUUCAAGAUGACAAAGAAGAAAGACCAUCCAUGGGGCAUGUUGUCCAAGUCCUGGAGGGAGUGUUGGAGGUGAUCACACCUCCAAUUCCAAGGUUUCUUGAGCACAUUUCAAAGUAUCUGGCAGAAAAAAAUGUUUUCAACUAG